UGUGUGCAUGCACAUUAGUGUCAGUGUGCAAAAUGUUUAGAUGAGUGGUUUUGUGUAUGUAUGCGCAUGCAUUCAUGCAUGUGUUCCUGCAGAUAUUAGAUAAGCAGUAGAGGUGGCAACAUGCAAAUAUGCAGUUUGAGCAGCUGUAUUAGUUAUCAGUCCUCUGUCGACCAUCCAGCCCUAUACACAGAUGAGCCCUUAUCUUAAAUAUGGUGGGCUUUAGGUGUUGUUCUGCUUAAACUGCAGGUUUAUACUGGUAAAAAGACAACCCUGAGAAGCCACAAACGUGUGUGUGUGAGAGAGAGAGAGAGAGAGAGAGAGAGAGAGAGAGAGAGAGAGAGAGAAGUGAAGACUGAUGUGGCUACAGAUUGAUGGCAGCUUCAAACAAAGCCACAUAUGCAUGCAUGCACACACACCACUCCCCCCAACACAAACACAGAUCAGCUGUCCUCAAAUGCACAUCUGCACGCAUGCACCUCACAUGCGCAUACACCUCUUUUCACUUGUUUUGUCUCUCGCACUCUCUCUGUCUCUUUCUCUUGCUCUUUCAAACCUCCUGUUCAUAAACAGAUGUGUGCUGAAUUCCAUUUCAGUAGAUACAUCUUACCCGCAAAAAAAAAAAUAGGACCAGGGCAUCAGGCACCAUUUUUAGCAAAUGCUGGUUGCCACAUUCUGACUGAAUGCGGGGUUUUGCGGUCUGAGAAGCGAAACUCGGGCUUCCUCAUUUGAAGCGCUUGACUGGUCGCGCGCUCGCUAUCUCGUGUGAAAACGUUGCUUUCAUGGCUGUAAACAAAACCGAUGCUGGGAACACUGAAAAAGCAAGUGAAAGUUUCUCACGGAACUCGGUACAGUCAGCAAACACUCAUCCUCUGCGUCCUAAUGAAGGAAUGUCUGAGAAGGGUCUAAGGCAUCUUCGUCGCCUUUUCGCUCGUUCCAGUACACGGAGUCUGCGGAGCGCCGAUGUAAUUUAUGAACUGCCGGGAUGGAUUGGUUGAGAUUAUGAAACAAAAAAAAAACAAACAAAACAUUUCAACUCGCAGCGUCCGCGCGGAAGCAGAAUCAGAAAAUAUAAUUUCACUCUGUGAGAUUGCGCUGUUAACCGUGCCGUCUCCAUAAACACACUGCAGCAUCAGAAAAGUGAAACGAGAAGGAGGUAACUAAAGUACAUGGACUAUAACACGAAGAAGGUGGUGUGGUACAACCAUAGAGCGAUGAAUACGCACUGAAUAAAGAAAGAAAACGCGAGAAGAAAGAGGAAGUGGGGUGGAAAGGACUUCUGUCAGGAGUGCCAAGGUGUCAAGAGCCACGCAGAUGUUACGCGCAGAGCAAGAAGACUCAGAACAGAAGCCCAUCAAAUACGGAGAGCUGAUCAUCCUGGGGUAUAAUGGCUCCCACCCAAGCGGAGACCGUGGCAAGAGGAGGAGUCACUUUAGCCUAUACAGACGACCCACAGCCAAUGGCGUCAAACCUAGCACUGUCCACAUCGCCCACACCCCAGAGGCAGCCAAGGUGAUCAGUAAAAACAUUCAGCACAGUGUGUCCUACACACUCUCAUGGGCUGAGACCGUGGUGGUGGAAUACACAGACGACAACGACACAGACAUGUUUCAGAUUGGCAGAUCUAUUGAGAGUCCCAUUGACAUUGUGGUGUCAAACACAGUAACCAGUAGUGAUAUCGGCGACACGCGGUCCUAUCAGAGCACGAUCUCGCGGUUCGCGUGUCGGAUCGUGUGUGAGCGCUCUCCGCCCCACACGGCCCGUGUCUACGCAGCUGGCUUCGACUGCUCCAGAAACAUCUUCCUCGGGGAAAAGGCCACUAAGUGGCCUACGUUUGAUGGGCAGAUGGAUGGGCUAACCACUAACGGAGUCCUUGUGAUGCACCCGCCCCAAGGCUUCAACCCCGCCUCCAAAAACAGCCCCACUUCCAAACCCGCUGUCUGGAGAGAGGUCUCCGUCUGUGGAAAUAUCUUCACACUUCGAGAGACCAGGUCGGCCCAGAACAGAGGCAAAUGGAUGAAGGAGGAGACUCCGGUCCUGCUCGACGGCUCCCUCAUCGACCUGUGCGGCGUCACUCUGCUGUGGCGAUCCGUGGACGGCCUGUCCUGCGCUCCCACUCCCGUGCAGCUGGAGGCGCUGCGGCACCAGCUGAACGCCGUGCGGCCGCAGUGCCCCGUCCUGUUCAACACGCUGGCCUUCCCCAGCCUGGACGCAGCCUCCCGUGCCAGCUCCGUCCCCGGCCCGGGUCAGCCCUGGGCCUACCUCGCCUGCGGCCACGUGCACGGCUACCACCAGUGGCGCGGGAGGGGCGUGGCCUUCAAGGAGAGCUCGACGGAGGAGGAAGAGGAAGAGGAGGAUGACGACGAGGAUGGGGAGGCGCGGAAGGGUGUGCGGGAGCAGCCGAUGGAGGGCGAGCGAGAGUGCCCUCUGUGCCGCUCGCGCGGCCCCUACGUGGCCCUGGUGCUGGGCCGCGAGGCCGGAGCCUGCGUGGACGCGGCGGAGCCGUCGCACGCGUUCGUGCCGUGUGGGCACGUGUGCUCAGAGAGCACUGCGGAGUACUGGAGCAGCACGACAGUGCCCCGGGGUGCGAACGCUUUCCACCCCGCCUGUCCAUUCUGCAUGAAGCAGCUGCCGCAAGAGAGGCCCUUCGUGAGACUCAUCUUUCAGACACCGCCGGACUGAGGGCAUCUGUGCGCGUGUGUGUGCAUCGGCACAUCUGCUUCCCUGCGUGGACAGAGCACGUAGCUUGGAUAUUAAUCUUCUCACUGCCAGGAUGCUCUCAGUUCUACAGCUCAAACCCAGGUCAAACACAACAGCAUCCAGUGGUUUCCUAAUUUCUGCAUACCUUUGUCUGAACCUGCCUCAGUCACCCCCACUCCCCUAGCAAGGCUUCUCCUUCACCACUUAGCACGCAUGUUUGUGUGCUUCCUCAGACCUGUGCUGGGCUCCACUUCUACUUUGGUGUCGCAUGGCCAUUUCAAAUAGGACAGGAACUUCCUUUAAAACAAAAUUAAAAAUGGUAUUUACUGUUUCUAACAGCUAAUCCCAAUUUUGCCUUCAUAGCAGUGGCCUACAGAUGGGAUGUAGGCAUCUGUGUAUAUAAAUGUUACUUCUGAUUACUUUUAAACGUUGUUCAUUCCAUCGCAUGAAAGGACUGAAUACAGUACACAAAGUCUGGUCUAAUUAAUUUACGACGGGCAACUGCACAUUUAUGGAUAAAACACUAAAAUUCUACUGAUUAUUCAUGGUCUUCCGGGGUAUGUGAGGGAAUGCAGGAAUGAAAUAAUGUCUACAAAAUGUGCUGCCAUAUUUGAAUACCUCACAGAAAAGGAACAUCACUAAUAGCGUAAGUAAAGCCUUUAGUUUUAUGCUAAUUAGCCACAUGCUAAUACAUCACCUCUGGGCUUCAUAUCAUAGAAUGUCUUAUAAUUAAAGAAAACAGUUGAGCAAUCCAAAAGUAGCCUUGUGAAACCUGAAGGUUUCUGUCUUUAUUUUUUAAGAGAUGGUUUACACUUUCUGUGCGAAAUGCCAGCCUUUGUGCCAUAUCCUGCACCAACACCUGUGGAUUCUUUAGUUUAGACUGUGUGUUAAUUAAACUGGGUGUUGCAGUACGUAUGUACAGUAUGCAAAUUAUACUCUCAUGGUUAUGCAUUCGUUUGGGUGCUUUAUCAAUUAGUGCUUCUCCCGCCUCACAAUUCCCCCAGAGAUGGAGGAUUUUCUAAUCACUUUAAUACUUCAGUAGUAUUUAUACUGCCAGCAUAUGUUUUGUACAAUUUCCAAAAAAAUAAUAAUAAUAAACGUGAUAAGACAAUUU